UGACUUACAAGUUUCCCAUUAAAGCCAGCCAGGGGAAUUUUGUUUUUUAUUGCUUUUCAUGCUUAUUUUACACCUUGAAUAGUGACUGGGGGAGGUAAAAAAAAAAAAAAAAGAAGAGGAGUAUGUUCUGUCUGUGUCCUGCCCCAAGCAGGAGCUGUGCAUCUGCAGUGUGUGGGAAGGAAAUCAUUCAAAGAGGGAAUCUUGAUCAAGACGAGAAGAAAAUCCUUCCUUGUCCGUUUCCUCCUGUGAUGACUCCAGAGGAAAGAAUUAUAAGCUAAGGAGAAAAGAUUUGGAGGAGAACUUCCCUUCAUUCUUCUGUCCCACCGUCUACCGUUCCCACCUGUGAGGAUUAAUUGGGCCGGAGCAGCAUGGCGCAUGCCGCCUCACAGCUAAAGAAAAGGGCAGAUGAGAACCUGACUGCUGCAGAGGAGGAGAAGGAGAGGAAGAAGACGAGGAAACGGUCCCGUGAAGUGAAGAAAAAGACUGAUGUAAAUGCCUGCUACCUGCGUGCAGCGAGGGCUGGCAACCUUGAGAAAGCUUUGGACUACUUGAAAAAUGGAGUGGAUAUUAAUAUUUGCAAUCAGAAUGGUCUGAAUGCUCUCCAUCUGGCCUCUAAGGAAGGCCAUGUGGAAGUGGUGGCUGAGCUCAUCAAGCAGGGGGCCGAUGUGGAUGCAGCUACUAAGAAGGGAAACACAGCCCUGCACAUAGCUUCCCUGGCCGGGCAGACAGAGGUGGUGAAAGAACUUGUCACCCAUGGUGCCAAUAUCAACGCACAAUCUCAGAAUGGCUUCACCCCACUUUACAUGGCAGCACAAGAGAACCAUUUGGAUGUGGUGCAGUUCUUACUGGACAAUGGCUCCAGUCAAAGCAUUGCCACUGAGGAUGGUUUCACUCCUUUGGCAGUGGCGUUACAGCAGGGCCAUGACCAGGUGGUCUCCCUCCUGUUGGAAAAUGACACCAAGGGGAAGGUCCGCCUCCCGGCGCUGCACAUUGCUGCACGGAAGGAUGACACCAAAGCCGCAGCACUCCUCCUCCAGAACGACCACAACGCCGAUGUGGAGUCAAAGAUGAUGGUGAAUAGAACAACAGAGAGUGGUUUCACGCCUCUCCACAUUGCAUCUCACUAUGGCAACAUCAACGUAGCAACACUUCUGCUAAACAGAGGGGCCGCUGUGGACUUCAAAGCAAGGAAUGACAUAACACCACUCCAUGUAGCAUCCAAACGUGGGAAUAGCAACAUGGUGCGACUGCUGGUGGAGAGAGGGGCUAAGAUAGAUGCACGGACCAAGGAUGGUUUGACCCCACUCCACUGUGGAGCCAGAAGUGGCCAUGAACAGGUCGUGGAGAUGCUACUGGACAGAGGAGCUCCAAUACUUUCAAAAACAAAGAAUGGUUUGUCUCCACUCCACAUGGCGACGCAAGGGGAUCAUCUUAACUGUGUCCAGCUGCUGCUACACCAUGAGGUGCCCGUGGAUGACGUAACCAACGACUACUUGACGGCACUGCAUGUGGCUGCCCACUGUGGGCAUUACAAGGUGGCAAAGGUCAUUGUGGACAAGAAGGCCAAUCCCAAUGCUAAGGCACUGAAUGGUUUCACUCCCCUGCACAUUGCUUGCAAGAAGAACAGAGUAAAGGUGAUGGAGCUACUUUUGAAGCACGGCGCGUCCAUUCAGGCAGUCACUGAGUCUGGUUUGACUCCCAUCCACGUUGCGGCUUUCAUGGGACAUGAAAACAUUGUGCACCAACUAAUCAACCAUGGGGCUUCACCAAAUACGAGCAAUGUGCGAGGGGAGACGGCGCUCCACAUGGCAGCGAGGGCAGGGCAGUCGAAUGUUGUCAACUAUCUGGUUCAGAAUGGAGCUCGAAUCGAUGCCAAGGCAAAGGACGACCAGACUGCAUUGCAUAUUGCAAGUCGUCUUGGUAAGCAAGACAUUGUCCACCAGCUUUUGGCUAAUGGUGCGUGCCCAGAUGCCACCACCAACUCUGGUUACACACCUUUGCACCUUGCUGCCCGAGAAGGACACAGGGAUGUGGCUGCAGCGCUACUUGACCAAGGAGCUAAUCUGGGCAUCACUACAAAGAAGGGCUUCACUCCUUUGCACGUAGCAGCAAAGUACGGGAAGCUGGAGGUUGCUAGUCUACUACUUCAGAAACACGCGUCGCCAGAUGCAGCUGGGAAGAGUGGACUAACUCCACUGCAUGUGGCGGCGCACUAUGAUAACCAGAAAGUGGCGCUGCUCUUGCUCAACCAGGGUGCCUCUCCACAUGCUGCUGCAAAGAAUGGUUACACACCACUCCACAUUGCAGCUAAGAAGAAUCAGAUGGAGAUAGCGACCACGCUACUGGAGUAUGGCGCAUUUACCAAUACUGUCACACGCCAGGGGAUCACUCCUCUGCACCUCGCAUCACAAGAAGGCAACGUAGACAUGGUGACGCUGCUGCUCGCCCGGGACGCUCCUGUUAAUGUGGGCAAUAAGUCUGGUUUGACUCCCCUCCACCUUGCUGCCCAAGAGGAUAAAGUCAACGUUGCAGAAGUCUUAAUCAACCAGGGAGCCAUUGUCGACCCUGAGACUAAGAUGGGUUACACACCUCUCCAUGUGGCUUGUCACUAUGGUAACAUGAAGAUGGCCAAUUUUCUGCUCAAAAACCAAGCGAAGAUCAACAAAAAAACCAAGAAUGGUUACACGCCUCUCCAUCAGGCUGCACAACAGGGACACACACACAUCAUCAACCUGCUGCUGCACCAUGGAGCAUCGCCCAACGAGCUCACCGCUAAUGGGAACAGCGCUCUAUCCAUUGCUCGGAGGCUUGGCUACAUUUCGGUCGUUGACACGCUCAAGGUCGUCACUGAGGAGUCUCUCACCACUCAGACUGCGACAGAAAAGCACAAGAUGAACGUUCCAGAGACCAUGAAUGAAGUCCUUGACAUGUCCGAUGAUGAAGUCCAUAAAGCCAAUGUCCCCGAAAUCAUCACAGACGACUAUUUAUCUGAUGUGGAAGAAGGUGAAGAUGCAAUGACGGGGGAAACGGACAAAUAUCUGGCUCCUCAGGACCUACGGGAGCUGGGCGAUGACUCUCUGCCUCAAGAGGGCUACAUGGGCUUCAGUGUUGGUGCGAGGUCGCAGAGCCUGCGUUCCUUCAGUUCUGAUAGGUCCAACACGCUGAACCGGAGCUCAUUCACACGGGACAGCAUGAUGAUUGAAGAGAUGCUGGCACCUAGUAAGGAAACGAUGCUCUGUAAGGAAAGAUCUUUCAUUGUAGAGCACUACAGUAAGCAUCUAGCGGUGGCCAAGGACUUCAAUGGUGACUCUCUGAGGAGGUACAGCUGGACGUCAGAUGGACUAGAUAACGUCAACCUUGUCUCCUCACCAGUACACUCUGGUUUUUCUUCUCCACUCCCGCAGUGCGACAGCAGAUUCCUGGUCAGCUUCAUGGUUGAUGCCAGAGGCGGCUCCAUGAGAGGGAGUCGACACAAUGGCAUGCGCAUCAUUAUCCCGCCCAGAAAGUGCACAGCACCCACCAGGAUCACCUGUCGAUUGGUCAAGAGGCAUAAGUUGGCAUCUCCUCCUCCUAUGGUGGAGGGAGAAGGUCUUGCGAGCCGGCUGGUUGAGGUCGGCCCAGCAGGAGCCCAGUUUCUUGGUAAACUCCAUCUACCCAGAAAGCUGCCAGCCCUUAAUGAAGGCGAGAGCCUGGUUAGUCCAGUGCUACAGCUGGGACCCAGAGGAACUAGAUUUGUUGGGCCUGUGAUAGUGGAGAUUCCCCAUUUUGGCUCGAUGCGGAUCCAGGAGAGGGAGCUGAUCUUACUCCGCAGUGAGAACGGAGAAACCUGGAAGGAGCAUCUGUAUGAUUGUAAGACUGAUGACCUCAGUCAGCUCCUCAGCGGAAUGGAUGAAGAACUAGACAGUCCUGAGGAGCUGGAGAGAAAGAGGAUCUGCCGCAUCAUCACCAAGGAUUUCCCACAAUACUUUGCUGUAAUUUCUCGCAUCAGGCAAGAGACAAAUCAGAUGGGACCAGAGGGCGGGACUCUGUGCAGCCGCAGUGUCCCAUUGGUUCAGGCUUCCUUCCCUGAAGGUGCAUUAACAAAGAAGAUCAGAGUUGGACUGCAGGCCCAGCCGGUACCUGAUGACACUGUGAAGAAAAUCCUUGGUAACCGAGCAACCUUCAGCCCCAUAGUUACCGUGGAGCCCAGAAGAAGGAAGUUCCACAAGCCGAUUACCAUGACAAUUCCAGUCCCACCCCUGUCAGGGGAGGGGCUUACCAACGGCUACAAAGGAGACAGCACCCCUUGCCUCCGCCUUCUCUGUAGCAUUACAGGAGGCACGUCCCCAGCACAGUGGGAAGACAUCACAGGCACAACACCUCUCACUUUCAUCAAUGACUGUGUUUCCUUCACUACAAAUGUUUCUGCAAGGUUCUGGUUGGCAGACUGCCAUCAGAUCCCAGAGACGGUGAGUUUGGCCACCCAGCUGUACAGGGAGCUGAUCUGCGUGCCCUAUAUGGCCAAGUUUGUGGUGUUUGCUAAGAUGAAUGACCCAGUGGAGUCCAGACUGAGGUGUUUCUGUAUGACCGAUGAUAAGGUGGACAAGACCCUGGAGCAGCAGGAGAACUUUGAAGAGGUGGCCAGGAGCAAAGACAUUGAGGUUCUUGAGGGAAGGCCCAUCUAUGUGGAUUGCUAUGGAAACUUGGCUCCUCUGACCAAAGCCGGCCAGCAGUUAGUUCUCAACUUCUACGCUUUCAAGGAGAAUCGUUUGCCCUUCUGUGUCAAGGUUAGAGACCCCAGCCAAGAACCUUGUGGGCGUCUGACGUUCCUCAGAGAGUGUAAGUCAGCAAAAGGCCUUCCACAAACUGCUGUCUGCAACCUGAACAUCACACUUCCACAGCUGAAAAAGGAAGUGGAGUCAGAUGCUGAGGAUGAGACCGAAAAGCCAGACCGACGUCAUACCUUUGCAUCCCUAGCCUUACGUAAGCGCUACAGCUAUCUGGCCGAGUCUGCACCGAAAACAACAGUUGAACGAAGCGCAACAGCAAGAACACUGCCUGCUGGUUACCCUCACAAAUCUGUCUUUCCAGCCAGACCUUACGCGCCAUGGGCGACUGCUCCUAUUACCAUCUCUGGUGAAACAAGACACAUCGGACUGGGGGGUUCCCUCAACUAUACCAAUUCACCGGAAGUCUCACCAGUUACUACUUCACUGAAAUCAAACUGGCCCCUGUCGUCCACAUCUGUUGCUUGUUCUACUCCUCUUAAAUCCACUGCGGGAACUCCAGCACCAGCACAACCCCUGUCAUCUCCAGUUAAAUCCGUUAGCAACACAGCACCUUCAUCCCCCAUUAGGUCUUACAGGACUAUGCCUUCACCAGUUAAAACAGUUGUUCAGCAGGGCCAGUUCCCUGUUCAUAGUCCUGACAACCUGUUGCCUUCUGGAAGUCCAUCUAAAUCUCAUACAGAUCUGGGUUCUAUUAAACCCCGUGCAUCUGCUUACAUUUCACAGGCUUCUCCACUUCAUGCAUUACCCAAUGGUUCUGUGCGAGAAAGGUCAUCAUAUCCUAGUUUGCCAGCAUCACCAAAGACAUCUUUCAACAUGUACAACUUAAGCAUGCCUUUUAAAACUGCUCUAGGGUCCACGGUUGACACAGAUGGUGGUACGCCAAACAUCUCAAGUCUGUCAUCUAUGAAAACCACUGUAGAGUCAACACUAUCACCCCGAGGAGGGAGGUCAUCUCGCUCAUCUGUCUCUUCGACUGGCCAGACCACCAUUGCUUCCUCAGAACUAUCCAUGAUGAAUGGAUCAGCCUCACCAAUUAAAUAUCUAUCCUCCUCCUCCCCAUCUUCUCACCUUCUUUCAGAGAGGAGUAGCAGCCUUCAGGAGAGGAUUCAGGCCACCACACAGGCAGCAACCUCGAGUGUCAGUGCAGCUGUAAAUGAAGCUAUAGACUCAUAUUCUGUGUCUGGUUAUGGUAUACUUAAAUCACUGCCCUCCACGCAUAGAGCUGCAACAGCCAGCUCCACUUAUGGCUCCUAUAACUCUGUAGCGGCUUCCUCCAGCUUGGCAGUUUCAUCUCAUACAAUGACUGUACCCGUAUUUUCAUUUGUCAGCGCCACCUCUGACAAACCAGGCCCAGGUUCUCUCAAAAUGGCAUUGCCUGAUCUAGCUCAUGCCCCACCCUCUUCACUGCCAUCUUGUGUUACUGCAUCUAAAAUUAAAUCCCAGUUGAAAUCACCUCCUUUCAUCACGCCACCAGUCAUCCACCCAAGUGCAGCUUCCAACCAAGAAAUACUCAAAGAUGUGGCAGACAUGAAAGAGGACCUAAUCAGAAUGACAGCAAUCCUCCAAACAGACACACAGACAGCAGCUAAGACUGUCCAGACAUCACAAGCUUGCACCCCUAAAGAAACCAGGUUAGAAGAUGAGGAACCGUAUACCUUAGUAGAGAAAGUGAAAGAAGAUUUGGAGAAAGUCAGUGAGAUACUACAAAAGGAUAUCUUGAGGGAUUGUAAGGCUGUCACAUUAAAAGACAGAAUAUCGGAGGAUGAAUGGGAAGAGUUUUCCAAAGAUGAGAUUGAAGAGGCACAGAGAUGUGCAUCAGAGGAUGACUGGGUACAGUUUUCCAAAGAUGAGAUUGAAGAAGCACAGCGAAGUGUUCUCCCUGAUUAUUACCGUCUCUUUGAUGAAAACACUCUCCUGCUCAAACCCCAGUCCAUGUCACCUGAGGUAGACUUGGCUACGGUUGUGGAUUUUUUAACAAAUAACAUUGGUGCUAGCUCUCUCUCCAAAAUGGCAGAGUUGAAAUCUAGGUAUGAGGAGGAGAUGAAAAGAGAAGGGGAAGGGGACGAGAAACAGAAACGUAUUCUUAAGCCAUCAAUGUCAAUACAAGAGCACAAACUCAAAAUGCCACCACCAGUCUCAGGCAUGCACACUUCUCCUUCAGAGAAGGACCUCAGCAAACUUGCUGAAACAUAUCAAGGCGCAGAAACUACUUUGGAAUCUCCUGAGGACCUGUCUCAUGAGCAGGAUAAGAGUCCCCUGUCAGACAGUGGAUUUGAAACGAGGAGUGAAAAGACUCCCUCUGCUCCUCAGAGUGCAGAAAGCACAGGACCAAAACCUUUGUUUACAGACUUACCCAUUCCUCCCUGUGUAACAGAGAACCUCACUGAUGUGGUCCAAGUCGGGAACUAUGAGCAGCCCGAUGAGCCUCAUGGUCCUUUGCAUAUAGAAGAGGUUGCAUCUCUUAGUGAGCCAGGUGGAGCUCCAUCUAGCUUUCAACCAUCUUUAGAAAUGAAGAUGACAGAAGAUAUGUUGAACAAAAGCAUGUGUCUUAAAGGAGACACCCAUAUUACGACUACUACUAGAAUGGUCUAUCACAAGCCCCAUCUAAGUGAUGGUGCAGAGAUGAUCGAAGAAGCUAUGUCAGUUAGAGAUAUAAUGAAAGCUUUCCAGUCAGGUAGGGAUCCAUCUCAUGAACUAUCGGGCCUUUUUGAACACAAAGCAAGCCAGGAUUCUCUCAAAGGUGAUGAGUUGACACCUAGAUUUCUUGACAGAGACAUUAAAACCAAACCAAAAGUGGAAAGAAUAAUCGAAGUUCACAUUGAAAAGGGCCACAGCACAGCAGAACCAACCGAGGUCAUUAUCAGAGAAACAAAGAAACACCCAGAACUCUAUGUCUAUAAAGGGGAAUGUGGUAUUAAGGAACUUGAUUAUGAGGAGGUCCAGCAGGAGGAAGAGGAGCUUAUGGCAGAAGAAUGUCUGCCUUCAUUCUUGGAAACAUCACGUGUUAACACCCCGGUAUCACAGGAAGAGGACAGCCGCCCAAGUUCUGCCCAGCUGAUAGCAGAUGACUCGUAUAAGGCGCUGAAACUAUUGAGUCAGCAGUCUAUAGAGUACUGUGAUGAUGAGCUCUCAGAGAUCAGAGGAGAGUCAUAUAGGUUUGCUGAGAAAAUGCUGUUCUCUGAGAAACUGGAUGUGUCACCACUGUCUCAUUCUGAUACAGAGGAUUCGGCAGUGAUAACUGACAAAACCCACCAUCUAAAUGCUGAGGGGACUGGUAAUCGUAGUACAGAGAACACAAGCCAGCAGUAUGGGAGCCCCAAAAGAGAGUUUGUGUAUAAGUCAUCAAAAGAUGGUUCUCCUAAAUCAGGCAAAUUUUUACACAGGGAUGAACAGUCUCAGUUUGAUAACGUGACAGUCCUCCAUUACUCCUCAGAACAGGGCAGCCCAAAACAUGCAGUUUGGAUGCGAUUCACUGAGGAUAAACACGACAAGAGCAGGGAUAAGCUCCUUUAUGAGGAUAGAGUGGAUCAAACUGUAAAGGAAGCGGAAGAAAAACUCAGUGAGGUUUCACAGUUCUUUCGUGAUAAAACAGAAAAGCUCAAUGAUGAACUGCAGUCCCCUGAAAAGAAGCCUAUAAGACAACAGCCAAAAGAAACUAGGUCUUGGCCUAGCUCAGCCUGCAGUAGCCCUGAGAAAUCACAGCAGAAACCUAAGACUGAAGUAGAGGGUUUAGGCAAAAGCAAGCUCAAGGAACCUUCUGUUGGCAAACUAUUUAGCAAUACUGUGAAUGAAAAGAAAAGCUUAGUUUACCAUGCGUCCUGAAAGGAACCUGCUCGCUCAUCUCAGUGAGGAUAAUAUUAACAAAAAACUAAGACCAAUGAACUGGCCCCUAUUGUUCAGAUCAUGUAAAAUCAACCAGCCAAAGUCAGUGCUGUAAGGAUGAAGUUGAAUCUGAGGCUCAGAAACAAAGCCAAGUAGUCCAACCAAAUUCCUCCACCAGUGCAGCCAAAACCUUCAAUAAAGAACUACAGGAAGCAAGCUUCCAGUUUAUCAGUCUUUGUCAAGCAGAAAAGCAACAAGAGCAGAAGAAGAAGGAAGCCCAAAAAAAGAUUUCGAGAAAGACAAACGUAUGGAACAGCCAGUAAAUCUUCAUUGAUACCAUCAUUAUCUAAAGCC